AGAAUUUGGCUCAGCAAAGAUCUCUGAGUUGGGAGUGGCGGUGAGGCAGCACCUGCGGUGAUGUAGGAGCAGCACGAGUCGCACGAGUAGCUGCGAUGAUGUUUUGGUCGCCCGCCCAUGGGCAGCUCUUUGAAGAUUGGGUCCUCCUUUGGCUGGUGGGUUGCUCCUCCGUGACCUUCUUUCUGCUCCACCAUCUCGUGGAAGUCGAGGACGGGCUGGGCGAGGCGGAGGAGAUGCGCGACGAGGCGUCCGCCCUGCGGCGCUCCACGCGCCUGGAGAGGACCUAUCGGGAAACCCAGCUCAGCAUUGAUUCGGACAACAGCAGGCCCGCGAUGCAUGCAGCGAUUUUCGGCUUCAACCGGCAGCUGACCAUCCACAGGAGACGCUUGGUGCGUUCGCGCAUUUGUGCUUAUGUGGCCCUAUUGCUUUUCCUGCCCUUGCUGGUGGAGAUGAUUGUUCUCGCACCCUGGCAAGGGCAGGCGCUGCUCUCCGUGUGGCUCUUCUAUGGCAGCCUCUCCUACCAGAGCAUCUUCGCGGUCUUCGCUGGACACUACGCCAACUUGAUCUGGGAGGAUUUCCUCUCCUGUGGCCUCUACUUACCCGGCCCUUCGCUGCCCCGACGCGCCUGGAAGCACAGCGUGACGUUGCUCACGUACCAACUUCGGCAUUGGCUCUUCCUCUUCCUUUUGGCUGCGGGUGCCCGAAUGCAGUUCCCAGGCUUGGGUCUGCUGGCGCUCCUCUGCGAGGUGCCGUUGGUCCCGGUACUGUACCGGGAGUCCUGGAUGGCCUCCAAUAGGCCCGCCGUGUGGCUCCUGGAGGAUGCGACCAUGGCUUGGAGGAUGGCGCUGCUGGGGCUCUUCUCCAUUCGCCUCCCCUUGGCGGUCCUUCUGGUGAUGACUGGAAUCCAUUUGGAGCUUCUAGAAGAGCCGCUGUCCUUGGAGCUUCGGCUGGGCUUCCACGUUCCUGCAGGGCUCCUCCUGCUGGGCGGUCUCUUGCAGCUCCUUCUGCUGCGCUUGGAGUAUCAAUCUGACCGAAUCUGGCAACAGCAGGCUCGAAGCUACGGCUGGCCCAAGGUGCCGCUCCAACGAGGCACAGAGCAGGAGGAGGCCCUCGAGAAGUCAGGCGGCUCCGGCCUCUUUGAUCGGAUCUUCCCGAAGAGCAAGAAGCGCAACAGCGCAGGCUACAAAAGAGGGAGCAUGCAUGCUGCAGUGGUGGUGGAGGAGACCGACAAGACACAGGCCUUGCCGGUGUGCACGCUGCACCAGCUGCCGGAGGUUCCCCAGGAGAAGAACGUGGGUGUCAUGCAGACGGUGUGUGUCUUGAGCACGCCCAUCACCUCGCCGGCCUGACCGAAGCCGAACGCUCCACCGUCGUCGAGCCGGGUCGGACGACCGGUGAUGCCCGGACCGAUGUUCGGAAGAGAAUCGAGAGAAUCACUCAGGCUAAGGCCCUUGAGGCCCUUUAGGCGAAAUAUGGUGAGCCUCACACACGUUCAUGCAAAGAGAACUUGAGCCUCACACCACCGCCGUGUACGAAAGCGUCCCUUCUUUUUUGGCCGGUUCUAAGAACCCGACCACGCACGAACCAUGUGACGCCGCCCGUGGGUCAAGACGCUCGGCGACACCGAAACCGGUGAGCCGCCCGUUGGACCGGCGAUGGGAUCUUCCUCUUCCUGGACC